UAUAUACACGUUCUAUGUGACUAGUAGGCCAAUGGAAUGGUUCGGUCCUUUCCUAUUUAGCUCGUGGAUUGGCUUAUAGUUGUCAACACUUGCAGAAACCAAAGGCAAGGCAAGGCCUUUUAACCCCGCCUCCAUCGAUGUUCCACUGCCGGAAGGAUGGCCAGAAAAAAGCCCAGGUGGCGGUGGUGCUGGUGCCGCUGCCCAUGCAAGGCCACCUCAACCAGCUCCUCCACCUCGCCCGUCUCAUAUCGUCGUACAAUAUACCUGUCCAUUAUGUCAGCUCCGCCACCCACAACCGCCAAGCCAAGCGCCGGGUUCACGGUUGGGAGCCUCUUGCCACCUCCAACCUCCACUUCCAUGAGUUUCGAACCCCUCAUUUUCUGUCUCCUCCGCCGGACCCCUACGCACCCACCAUGUUUCCGUCUCACCUCCAACCAUCGGUCGACGCCUCCUUGUGUCUUCGAGAGCCCGUCACCAAGCUUUUGUGCACGCUCUCGGCAAGGACUCGACGAGUUGUCGUCAUACAUGACUCGCUAAUGGCUUUUGUCGUGCAAGAUGUCGUUCUGAUACCAAAUGCCGAGUCCUAUUCGUUCCAUAGCGUCUCGGCUUUUGCCAUGUUUUUCUACUUCUGGGAAGCCAUGGGAAGACCUUUCCCAGUUGAAGCCGAAAUCCUGAGGGAGCUUCCGUCUCUCGAAGGCUGCUUCACGAUAGAGUUCAAGAAGUUCAUUGCCAAGCAACACGAGUAUGCGAAGCUGAGCGCAGGUCGAGUUUACAACACUUGCAAGAUAAUCGAAGGUCGGUUCCUUGAUUUACUCGCGAAAGAACAGAUCACCGGAAAUAAGAAACAAUGGGCUCUUGGGCCAUUUAAUCCGGUGGAUGUACCAAAGACGAAGAGCAUGACUCAGCGCCAUAGAUGCUUGGAGUGGCUUGACGAACAACCUCCAAGCACUGUGUUGUAUGUUUCUUUUGGCACGACAACUUCCUUGACCAAUGAACAGAUCACAGAGCUCGCCGUCGGGUUGGAACGGAGCAAGCAGAAGUUCAUUUGGGUGCUGAGAGAUGCCGAUAAAGGAAACGUAUUUGCCAGAGCCAAGAAGCGAGAAUUGUUGCCGGAAGGGUAUGAAGAGAGAAUGGACGCAAAUGGAUCGAUGGUGGUGAGAGAUUGGGCGCCGCAGUUGGAGAUUUUGGGGCACCCAUCGACGGGAGGAUGCAUGAGCCACUGCGGGUGGAAUUCAUGCAUGGAAUGCAUUACCAUGGGGGUGCCGAUUGCCGCCUGGCCGAUGCAUUCCGACCAGCCCAGGAACACUGUUCUUGUGGCCAAGUUGCUCCGGGUCGGCUUGGUUGUCAGGGACUGGGCCUGCCGAGAUGAGCUGGUGACAUCAACGACUAUCGAGAGAGCUGUGACGACGUUGAUGGCCACCCGAGAAGGGGACGAGAUGCGGCGGAGGGCGGCCGAAUUGGGCGCCGCCGUUCGAGGGUCGGCGGUGGAAGGCGGCGAUUCUCGCAUGGAGUUGGACUCUUUCAUUGCUUACAUUACAAGAUAGAUAGAUAGAAUGGAAACUGUUUUUAAGUCAAAUUAUAUUAUCCAAAAUGCUAUUUGGGCACUUAUUAAGUUCAUCAUUUAUGGUAACGUUCUAUAUGUUGAUGUCUUCUAUGAAUCUAUAUUAAUGUAAAA